CGCAGACGCAUUUCUCAGUGCGCGGAGGGCGGCUCGGCCGCGCGCACGCCGGGUAUCCAGGCCGAGCCGGGAGCGAGAGCAUGGCGGGCGCGGGCGCAAAGCGGCGCGCGGUGGCGUCCCCUGCGGCGACGCUGGCGGCGGCAGCCGAGGAGGAGCGGCAGGCGAGAGAGAAGAUGCUGGUGGCGCGGCACGCGGACGGCUCGGAUUCCGGGGGCGAAGGCGUGACCCUGCAGCGCAACAUCACUCUGCUCAAUGGUGUGGCCAUCAUCGUGGGCACCAUCAUCGGCUCGGGCAUCUUUGUGACGCCCACGGGCGUGCUCAAGGAAGCGGGCUCGCCCGGGCUGGCCCUCGUGGUGUGGGCUGUGUGUGGCGUCUUCUCCAUCGUGGGCGCACUCUGCUACGCCGAGCUGGGCACCACCAUCUCCAAGUCGGGCGGCGACUACGCCUACAUGCUGGAGGUCUACGGCUCGCUGCCGGCCUUCCUCAAGCUCUGGAUCGAGCUGCUCAUCAUUCGGCCCUCCUCACAGUACAUCGUGGCGCUGGUCUUCGCCACCUACCUGCUCAAGCCGAUCUUCCCCACCUGUCCGGUGCCCGAGGAGGCAGCCAAGCUCGUGGCCUGCCUCUGCGUGCUGCUGCUUACAGCUGUGAACUGCUACAGUGUGAAGGCUGCCACCCGCGUGCAGGAUGCCUUUGCUGCUGCCAAGUUGUUGGCCCUGACCCUCAUCAUUCUGCUCGGCUUCAUCCAGAUGGGCAAGGAGAUGGGCAAAGGUGAUAUGUCCAACCUAUCCCCUAGGUUAUCCUUUGAAGGCACCAAUCUGGACGUGGGGAACAUUGUGUUGGCGUUGUACAGUGGCCUCUUUGCCUACGGAGGAUGGAACUACCUGAAUUUUGUCACAGAGGAGAUGAUCAACCCCUACAGAAACCUGCCCCUGGCCAUCAUCAUUUCCCUGCCCAUUGUUACGCUGGUAUAUGUGCUGACAAACCUGGCCUAUUUCACUACCCUGACUACCAACCAAAUGCUGACGUCUGAAGCCGUGGCUGUGGACUUUGGGAACCACCACCUGGGAGUCAUGUCCUGGAUCAUUCCAGUCUUCGUGGGCUUGUCCUGCUUUGGCUCCGUCAAUGGAUCUCUCUUCACAUCCUCAAGGCUGUUCUUCGUGGGGGCCAGGGAGGGCCACCUGCCUUCUGUCCUCUCCAUGAUCCACCCACAACUCCUGACACCUGUGCCAUCUCUGGUGUUCACAUGUGUCAUGACCCUGAUGUAUGCCUUCUCCAAUGACAUCUUCUCCAUCAUCAACUUCUUCAGCUUCUUCAACUGGUUGUGUGUGGCCCUGGCUAUCAUCGGCAUGAUGUGGCUCCGCUUCAAGGAGCCUGAGCUGGAGCGUCCCAUCAAAGUGAAUCUGGCUCUCCCAGUGUUUUUCAUUCUGGCCUGCCUCUUCCUCAUUGCUGUGUCCUUCUGGAAAACACCCACAGAGUGUUGCGUUGGCUUUGCCAUCAUCCUCAGUGGGCUCCCGGUCUACUUCUUCGGUGUCUGGUGGAAAAACAAGCCCAAGUGGCUCCUGCAGACCAUCUUCUCCGUGACGGUGCUCUGCCAGAAGCUCAUGCAGGUGGUUCCUCAGGAGACUUAGCCGCCAGUCCUGGGUGCCACAGGGAGAGUGCACACUGUGACUGCUUCCAGACAACUCACCUUCGGAAAAGCAGCAUCCGGGCCUGUCAUUCCCCACAGCUCCAGUGAGCACCGCCAACUACCAUCAUCCGCUGUCCCUCGAUGGUCAGGUGUCCACAGUGGCUGUGAAAGAAAACUGGUACGAAUUUGGUCCCAGGAGGCUACCAUCCACACACAGCACCCGAUGUGAGGCGUGCUGUGAGCUGAGGCCUGGUCUUUUCCAACUCUCUGAGGACUGCCACGUCUGGCUUUUCUCCCCUCUGAUUUUUUGUUUUGUUUUGUUUUGUUUUUGUAGUGUGCAUUUGGUCAAGUUUACACUACCGAGAUGAUUAUUUUUUUUUUAACAAAACAGGGUAGCAAGAAGCACGAGCUGUGUGUUCAGAACGGUCCAGCUCUGACUGUGACAGCUGCUGGCCACAGCUCCUCUCCCAAGGCUGUUGUUCAGUAGCAUGGUGUGUGCCUCAAGCGGACCACAUCACUGUCAUCAGGUCAAAAGAGCUGUCAUCAGGUCAAAAGAGCUACUGAGAUUGGAGUGUCACCUCUUCCAUUGUGGACUUGGACUGACAGAUGGCACAUACGAUAGCGUGUGGUUUUUUUGUUUUUCUGGGAUCCUAGAGAUGGAACUCCAGCCUCAUUCAUAUGAGAGGCAAGCACUCUACUGCUGAGUUAUUUUCUUAACAUUAUAAAGGUGUAGCUCAGGUCUCCUCGUCCUGAAGUCCCGGUGAUUUCCCUUAGCCCCCGUGAAAGAGACCUGCAGCCAUAACCCUGAAGCAGCUGGCCGCCAUAGCUGGAAGCUCAUGGAAGAGGUGGCUGCCACCCACAGGGCCAUGUGUUCUUGUGCACACAGGCAGACACACACACACACAGGCACACAUGCACACCAUUAGGAACAGACUGAGAAGGCUGACAGUGACCAGCACCACGGGUCUCCCACCCACACAGCUCUGCCCACCUUCAUGGUUACUGAGUCUGCCAGAGCUCUCUGCCAAGUCUGCCCCUCCCCCACCCUCUCCCUAUCCCUUGUGGCCAUUGUCCAGAAGAAUAUGCACCAAGCACCCCUCUGCUCUCUGCCACCUGUGUGGCAAGACCACUCCAGCUUCCUGAGUGUGAAAGCUGCUGGCCACAUGCUGCUAUCCCUCCUGUGUGGGACCACCCCACAGGCUUCCCCGGUCUUCUGGGAGAGACAGUCGAGGUCCAGCCAGCGCAUCAAGUGAAGCAGCUGAUUAGCUUAGAGGGGCGUCAGGAAGUAAGACUCCCCUGCUGGCCCCUGUAAUUGCCUUAGAUCAUGGCUUCCCUGAAGUGGGCUGGACUGCUAUGCAGCUCUUCUGUGGUGGUAACCUUGACUACUGGCCACUCUGACCUCCCCUCUAUGCUUCUGGGGUCCCCUUUAUUGCGGUGAGGAGGGAGAGGUCAAGAUUAGAGUGCUCCUUGAAGGCUUUCCAAGAGAUCUAAAUGCGGACUCCAGGACUCCAAUAAAAAUCCGGUCAAGGACCCAUUCCCAUCCUGGAGCACAUCCCAGACCCAGCCUGGGUUCAAAGGGCAGGGACUCUUGGCCAUGUCCAUGGUGCUGACCCAGGCCCUCUGAGAAGGCCCUGCUCUUGGCUACAUCUGAUGUCCUGAGGGCUCCCAUCUGUAGCUUUCUGUUUUUUGUUUUUUGUUUUUUUUUUAAGCAAGCCCUGACCACACAGCACUUUUCAUUUUGGUUUCGUCCUAACAUGUCACUGACCUAGAGAACACCGAAGCCUGGCUUAUUUCCAUGGUCAGUGUGUGAGUUCUGUACAGGGUGUGCUCCUGCCACAUUGGGUCCAUCUACUGUGCCACCUGAGGUAGUGUUGUGGCUCUGGCAUCUUUUAACAUUGUAUUAAUGGCUAACCUGUUACAUUAGGCUGGGGGAUUGCAGAGUUCUGCUGUUUUGUGAGGCUUUUUGUUUUGUUUUGUUUUGUUUUUAAAGCUAUUGGAAUUCUAA